UGGCUUGCAACGAAAGUGACUACCAUUUUGACCUCGGGUUCGCGCCUGCUAGCCAUCGAAUUAGUAUAAAGAGCAUGGGAAGCUGAUUUGUGGUAGUAGUAAGGACUUCGUAACAUCAGCAUGUUUUUGUCUUCUGCGUCCAGCCUCAUUGGCCUCGUGCUUGUUUCUCUUAGUCCAACUGCAACUUGGGCAGACUAUACCCCUGACAGUGAGGUACCAACAGCGACUAUUGAUGCCGGAGUGAUAAUCGGAAAAUCUACUUCACUUCCCUACGCACUUGGGCCAGUGCAUCAAUAUCUUGGUGUCCCAUUUGCAUCACCACCAGAAAGGUUCUCUCCACCACAAGCUGCCGUACCUUUCCAAGAACCGGUCAACGCCACAGAAUUUAGGCCAGCAUGUAUCCAACAGUUUCGAUACCCUUUGUCGAGCUCGCAGUUUACACAAGCUGUCUUCAACAACCCACCACCCGAGGAAUCGGAGGAUUGCCUAUACCUCAAUGUCUAUGCCCCAGCGACUCCGCCAGGUGGUGCUGGGCGAGCUGUGAUGUUUUGGAUUUAUGGCGGCUCACUCCAAUUUGGUAAUGCUGGUCAAGACACAUACGAUGGAAGCAGUUUCGCUGCCUAUGAAGAUGUCAUCGUAGUGACAACUAACUACAGAACGAAUGUGUUCGGCUUUCCUGCUUCACCGGAACUGCCACUAGCGGCACGCAAUCUCGGCUUUCUGGACCAACGUUUUGCUCUCGACUGGGUUCAGCGCAACAUCCACGCUUUCGGUGGCGAUGCUUCCAAAGUGACCAUUUUUGGAGAAAGUGCGGGUGCUUUCUCGAUUGAUGCUUUACUGACCAGCUUUCCGAAGGGUAGUUCGCCGCCGUUCCGGGCUGCCAUUCUCCAGAGUGGGCAAUAUAGUUAUCGCGUGGCUCCUCAAACCUCAAGCAUACCUGCUUGGAAUAAUCUGACAGCGACACUCGGGUGCCCGGGUACACAUGAAAGCAACUUGACUUGUGUGCGGGCCGCGAAUGCAACGGCUGUUCGCAACAUCAUCAACCAGAACUCUCUCGUGUUUAAUCCAGUGGCUGAUAACACCACGUUGGUAUCAAAUCCAGCGGCACGUCGCCUGAGUGGAGAUAUUGCACACAUACCAGUAUUGGGAGGCACGAAUGCACAGGAAGGGCGUGUCUUCCAAGUUGGACAAACCAAUCUUACCGCCUACGUCCAGGCGACCUUUGGAAUCCUCGCCCCAGCACUCAUUCCUGAGAUUGAAGCUGCAUACCCAAUUGGAAGUAAUGGCCUUAGCAACGACUAUGAUGUGAUCUCACAGAUCUCUACUGAGAUCACAUUCCAAUGUCCACAAGCACUAUGGGCUAACGCGACAGCCUCCGUUGGCAUUCCUACCUGGCGCUAUUACUACAACGCUUCUUUUGUCAAUACGCAAGCGUACCCACAGCUCGGCGCAUACCACGCCUCCGAGAUUCCUCUUGUGUUCCGUACGUACGAACGCGCAAAUACAACGACGCAAGAAUACGCUCUCGCACAGUUCAUGCAGAGCACCUGGGCCAGAUUCGCGAAGAACCCGUACGCUGGGCCAGGAUGGAAUGCGAUCGGUUCUGGAGCUGAGGGUAGUGUUCUGGUCGGCGCCUAUGAUCUCGUCAUGGGUGGACUAUACCAAGACCAGAAUGCUACUGUGAUAGAAGGGGAUUGGAGUUUGGGUGUCCUUGGCGACGUUGGGAAUGUACGAGGAAGUGGUGUUACUGUGUUGCCACAGUCUGGUCUCGAUUAUAGAUGCAGCCUCUUCAGGCCAAUCUUUGAGGCUAUUGUAGGUGCACAAGGCAUACCUAAUGUCUAGGAAAGAGCCUGUACCUUAAGUCUAAUGAAACAUGCAAGCCAACCAGAUGCCUGUAUCUGACUACCUAUCGCCCAGUACUGACUUGCCCAACGUCUACUCCACUUCGAUCUGCCUCACCACCCUCGUGUACGCUCUUCUCUAUACUAUCGAUCAAACUUUCGCUUCCUGUCUUUUGUCCCACACUGCUGCUCCCCUCGUACUCUUGCUUAGUGUUCUGCGUCACGUCUUCUCCGCGGCGUUGCUCCGAAGUGCCUGAGGCGUUUUGCUGGCCU